AUGUCCGGUCCACCACCACACAAUCCGCACGGGUAUCCGCCAGGCGGUGGUAUGCCUCCUCCACCGCGCGGUUGGCGAGGAGCACCACCGUCGCCUGUGUUUUUUCGUCCUCCGUCGCCAUGGACGUCCGCACAUUCACCACCUGUUGUGAGUCCAGUUCCGUUUCGUCCACAAUCACCACUUUUCGGUAAUCCAGCCUCUCGUGGUGUCCGCGGUGGUUUCGUUCCGUAUCGUCCUGGUACGCCGCCUUUACCAGGUUACGCGCUUCCAGUGACGCCGCCGCCGGGGUAUUACAGACCGUUGUCGCCGGUUACGUUCGCCGGUCCGCCGCCGCCACAUAGACCCAUACCGGAAUAUGGGUCUCCGAUUCCGCAUCCUGGUCAUCAGUCUCCAGCUGAGUACAUGUACAGACCCGGCCCGGGCCCGGAGUUUAUGUACAGCCCUGGACCGCAACCCCAGUACGUUGGAGUUCCAUUAGAGCCGCCACCACCUAGACCAACUCGGUACGUCAUUUAUGAUGACGAGGAUGAUGAUGGGCCGUCCACGGCUGACAUCAUUGCCAGUCAAUCGCAGGAUUACGUGGACGAAAAACUUGCAGAAUAUCAGGCUACAAUAUUGCAAUUACAAGAUCAUAAUAAUUCAAAUAGUGAAUUUGGUGAAACUGAAUUAAGUGUAAAUAAUCAAGUAAAUGAAGAAAUUAAUUAUAGUGCAUUUAUUAGUGGUAAUGAAAGUGAUAAUGAGAACAGUUUUAGUGGCUGUAUUGAUGAUGACAAUCAGCGUAGAUACUUGGCAGAAAGUGAGGUUAUUGUUUCUAAUGAAACAGAUACUGAUAAUGUUUAUAGUAAUCAUGAAAGUUUUGCCGAGGAGAACGUAGUGGAAUCAGACACAAUAAGAAAAGAGCUUCGUCAGUGGGCUUUAAAGAAUCUCGAUAGCCUUCAAUUAAAUAUAAUUUCCGAAUUACUUGUAUCAUUUAGAGAACAAGGUCAUCCAACACUGCCUUAA